AUGCAUUUCAUCACCAAGCUGCUUGUCGGCGCUGCCGCGUUCUGUCCCACUUCUGUGCUGGCAUCUGAUCUCCCCGCGGCCGAUCUGGACGCUCAUUUGGAUUUGGAAGCCCGCGCCUACUACAAGGAUGUCGACAGAUGCCAGCAAGAUAUCAAGCAGAGUUACGGGUACCAAUUCUGCAAGACUUUCCUACCUCCUAAGACUGUUGUUGUCAAGAAAACAGUCUACAAGUACAAGGGUACCAGGACGAUUUGCAGCACCAAGACAGCGCGUUUCCACCUGCACCGAGUACAAGCCGGCGACGACUGUUCACACGACCAAGACUGUAACUCCUGCCUGUUCAUCUACCACUACCAAAACGACGACAAAGGACGUGGUCGUUUCUCCCGAGACGACGUCCCGCUCCACGCGUUCAACGAUACGAUCCUCGACACAAUCCUCGACACCAUCCUCGACACAAUCGACGACACAAUCGACGACACAAUCGACGACACAAUCGACGACACAAUCCACGACACAAUCCACGACACAAUCGACGACACAAUCGACCACUCCGUUGACGACACGAACCACCACCCCAUCGACGACCCCAUCUACAACUCCAUCGACGACCCCAUCUACAACUCCAUCGACGACCCCAUCUACAACUCCAUCGACGACCCCAUCUACAACUCCAUCAACCACCCCAUCUACAACUCCAUCGACGACCCCAUCUACAACUCCAUCGACGACCCCAUCUACAACUCCAUCGACGACCCCAUCGACAACUCCAUCGACCAUCCCAUCUACAACUCCAUCGACCAUCCCAUCUACAACUCCAUCGACCACUGCGUCAACCACCCCGUCGACUACGCCAGCAAUUACAACCCCCACCACGACCACCGCCACGACAACAGCAUCAACCUGCAAUUCCAUUUCCUCUUGCGCACUCGACUCUGA